AUGGAACCCCAAUCACCUCCAUCGCCCGCGCCCACCAGUUCUCAUCGGAACAUCACGAUCUCGGACCCGUCGAUGCCGAUUACCCCCUAUCCCCUUCCACCGUCCAACCCACAGACGCACGCCUCGGAGAUCCUGUCUCAAUUCGCCCGCCUGUCGCUCAGGACCCAAUGGCGCCGGGUCGAAGUGGUGCCCUUCGAAGGCGACCUCUGGGAACCCGAGGGGAUCGUGCGCCUAGGGAAUGACCGCUACUUCGUGAGCGCGGGCGAGUACACCGUGCCUACGGAGAGGUUUCCGGACGGGGAGUGGCGGAACGGCACGGACAGGACGGCCGGUGCCGGGUUCGGGCACAUCAUGGUCUUUGAUGGACGGGGCAAGAGGAUCGCCGACGCCGUUGUGAGCGAAAAGGGUUCAACUGAGUACCAUCUCGGCGGCAUCGACUAUGACGGGACGCACAUCUGGGCGACGCUGUCCGAGUACCGGCCCAACUCGACCGCCACGAUCCUGCGCAUUGACCCGUCCACCCUGCGGUACGAGCCUCUUUUCCGCGUCGCGGACCACCAGGGCGGCAUCGUCCACGGCACGGACACCAGCACCCUGACGACUCUCAACUGGGGGAGCCGCGAGGCCUCCGUGUGGUCCCUCCAGGGGCGGCGGUUCAACCCAUUGCCUGGGUUCUCUCCGCCCGAGGCGAAGGCGAGGAACCCGUCGCACUGGGUCGACUACCAGGAUUGCAAGUUCCUGGGCUGUGUAGAGACGGGGCCUUAUGCUGGAAGGCCGGUCAUGCUGUGUUCGGGCGUCGCGACGCUGCAGGAUGGGACGCAGGUGGGUGGCAUGGCCAUAGUGGAUGCCUUGACCAUGGUGCCGUUGAUGGAGGUCCCCAUCACACUGAGGACCGACAAGGGGGUGCUGGUCACCAAGAACCCCGUGGAUGUGGACGUCGUUGGCGGGAAAAUGCGGCUGUAUUUCCUGCCAGAGGAACACGAUUCGACUUUGUACGUCUACGAGGCGGAGGAUCGAACGGAUUGA